CUCCGGGCAGGCGGCCGCGCCCUGCGGCUGAUGCCGGUGAUCGCUGAACACUUUGAAGUGAAAAUCAGGGAGGAAAAUGAAGCCCAAGCAAAGACAGAACCGUGUCUGGGGGUUGGUGCGCUCCUUUCUCUCAGUCCCGGGCCUGCCCGGCUCCUUCAGGCACGCCGAGAAAAAUAUAGCUCAUGGCCUGGUCCCUGCUGCUACCAUAGCUCCUAAACCUGCAGUUCCCCGCACCCCUCCCCCUCGUAGUCCAAACCCUUCUCCAGAAAGGCCCAGGUCUGCUCUAGCAGCAGCGAUCCUUACAACAGCACUAACGGGGCGCACUGUUGCUAUUCCUCACCCCCCGCAGCGAUCGCUCUCUGAAAGUGACUCCACCUACCUGGAACAAGAACGUCUUGAACCAUAUGCGGCAGUCUCAGAGCUCAGGAUAGGAUCUAACUGGGAACUUGAUGGUUGUGACAGAUCUCCUCUACAGUCCCUGCAAAUAUCAGACAAUUAUGGUGAAGAUGAGGACAUGGAUACAUUUCUGUCAGAUGCUGAUAAAGAGGCAGAGUCCAGUGGUCAGAGUAAUGAGAAAAGGGAAGGGAGCUUUAGCACCGAUGCUAUUUAUGCUGUUCCCUGCAAAACUAAAAAGGAAGAGUUUCCAUCAUCUCCUGUUCCUGAUACUGACAAGAAAGAGGUUUCUUCCCAUGAAACUGAAUGUCAGGUGAUGGUGGAUAAGUCAAGUGCACAAAUAGAAGAAGACCAAAAUCUGGACUUGAAUUUAAAGGAGGAAAAAGUAAUAGCUGAAAACCUGAUACAUGACAAACCUCCUCCAUCCCCAGAUGUGUCUCUUCGAGCAAGGCAAAUACGGGAAAAUAUAAGCAAAGAGAAGUUCAGAGAAUUGAAACAAGAAAACUGGUCUCUGAAGAAGGCAUACCAAGCUAUGGUGCAACAAAUUGAGGGAACAAAGCACAUUAUAGAAGAACAGCAAUUAAAGCUGAAGAAACUAGAACAAGAAAACAGAAGACUUAAAGAAGCUGCAGAGAACUCACAUAGAGAAGAGGAGGAAGCAGAACUACUUUCUCUCAGACAGCAAGCACAAGAACUGGUAGAUGAAAAUGAUGCUUUGAAAAUGAUGGUCCAUCGUUUAAAUGUAGAAUUAAGUCGCUAUCAAACUAAAUUCAGGUCGUUGUCCCAAGAAGAGAUUCUAAAGCUGGAAAGCUUACCCAUGAAAGGACCACAACCACCAUGGCUGUUGGAUAUGAAGUAUUUGUCACCUCUUCUGUUGGCAUAUGAAGAUAGGAUAAGAGAAAAGGAUGAUUUUAUUCUUGAACAUGAGGAGGAUAUGAAGAAUUUUAAAACACGAGUUGAAGAGUUGGUGAAGGAGAAUGAAGAUCUGCAUGAGCAAUUAAAGAACUUCAUUGCCCCUACAGAAUGGCAGCUGCUUCAAAAUCAGGCCAAGCUGGUCUUGGAAGAAAAUGGAUUGUUGGAGGAGCAACUCAAAAUUCAACAAGCUAAAGCAAUAGAAAGUCACAGACAGCAUGUUCAAGAAGCUUCAAAGUUAACCAAACAAGUAGUAGUCUUAGAAAACAAGAAACAGAGUCAAGAAAAAGAAAUAACAGAGUACCAGAAGCAGCUAGAAGCUUUAUGUUCUACAUGUGAAGAGCUGAAAGCCAGACUGGAUUGCAGAAUAGCAGCAGAGGAGCAAUUGGCUUGGGUGAAUGAAUUAAAGAGCUGUUUACAAAAGGAGCAGGAGAAAACGUGCUGUGAGGUGAAAGCUGCAAUGGGAGAGAGAGCAUCACUGCAAACUGAAAACAAGAAACUGCUCUUAGAGAAAAAUAACUUAAUGGCUGACAAGAAGAUCCUGGAAACUGAGAUGCAAAUGACUCAAAAGACAAACAGACGAUUAAAGAAGAAAAUAGAGCUUUUGCAAGUGAAGCUGGAGGAAUCAAUGGACAACGAAGCUGCAGCCCAUCACUAUCUAAGAAACCUUAUUGGGCUGGUGGAAAAGACAGCUAAGGAACGUGAUAAUCUUGUAUUUUGGGCCACAUGUUUGGAAAAUGAAAAUAACAAUGUUCUCAAGAAAAUCAUAGAAGGCAGUCUACGCUUAGGCAAAUUGGAAGAAAAAGUUAAGGUAUAUAAAAAGAAAGCAACUGUGAAGCUUGGAGAUAUCAGUCUCAAGAUGACUGAGCAGGAGAAAGAAUUUGAAAGGAAGAUUGCUCAGUAUGAGCAAGAAAAUAAGCACCUGCAACAUCUGCUGCAAGACAAACAGGAAACUCUCAAAGAAGUGCUGGAGCAAAACAGGAAAACAGAAGGAGAACUUGAAAUCAUGUGGGAGAGCACAGCCAAAGAAAACAAGAGAAUGAGAGAACUCUUACAUAAAUCCCUGGGGAAGAACGACAUGUCGAGUGUUGUCACAGUUCAUGAACCAUACCCUCAGAAGGACCUAGUUUAUGGAUAUGAUUUUAGCUAUUGUGAUGUGAAAACUUCAUCCCCUGCUAUCAGUGAUAAGAGUCUGCAUCCUAUCCAAUAAAGAGAGCUUGGUGCCUGCAUUUUACUUUUUCAGCAAAACAAGGUGUAAUGGAAUGUUUACUCUGUACAAUAUUACUGUAUAUUUAAGAUAUUCAAAAUGACAACAGCAUAUUCUCUGUUGAUACUGUGAAUAAUGUAAAUCUAGCCUAAAAUAUUAUUUUGCUACUUGAAGAAAAGGCUAUUCCUUCCUGUGAUACAGCUCUGAGUUAACCUGUAAAGACAAGUAGUUAAGAGGAUAAGGAGCUGGUAAGCCUAGUGUUUAGCACAGACACACACCAUGCCACAAAACAACAGCAAGACAGUGCCUGUUAAAAUUAAAAGGACAAGUUUUGGUAAAUUCUCUCUAAAACACCAGAUGGAGUAUGAUCCAGGCUGGGAAAAAAAAGCAUGGCUUGUACUUUUUCUCAUGAGAAAGCACCUUGACUUCUAGAUCAUGUGCCAAAAAUCUUGUCAUCUUAAGGACAGAGAAAAUUUGUGGAGCAGACAAGACUGAAAGAUCCUCAUGACAACUGCUGGUGCCUGAAUGCACAACUGUCCACUGUGGAGAUUUACAGGAUCCCUGUAGGUGUUGGGAAGCCCCUACCAUUGGUUUGCCAAGGGGAUGAGCUGCCAGCACAGGAUGCAGCUCCCCUACAGAUUGUUUUGUUCAUCCUGCUUCACAUUCAGUGGCUUUAAAAGCCACCCAAAGUAUUCUCUGAAGCAGUGAUUAUUGUAUAUGUCUUUAGAUUAUUGAUGUCUAUUUGUCUUAGCUUUCAGAUUUCUUGAUUUUUCACAAUAUUGCACAUCAACUUGGUAGUAGUAUGUAUUACUAUGAUAUGACUUUGUUUUGGAUUUACAUAUAACUUGCUGGAUCAGCUUUUUGGUUUUGCUUAAUUUUCAUAAUGAAAUACAUAUGGUACCAGAGAACUGUAACAAUACAAAAAACAUGUAACUCUCAUAGUUCUGUAAUAUUAGAAAUAAUGAAGAAUUUAAUUGGCUUUGAUCAAAGUUAACAAAAAGAGUAGAAAACCCAAGUUAAAAUACUAAAAAACAAACAUAAUGUUUGUGUCUGGAAAGGUUCCUGCAGCAAUUUCCUUCGGGGUUAAGGCCAUGACCCAGCAGAAUAGCUUUAUUUAGGAGAGGGUGGGGACAGCACAUGAUAUUCAGGGACAGGUAGAUGUACAGCUUCAAAGCCAGGUUCUGCAGUACAGUGCAAAGUUUAAAAAUCUACAGACUUUCAAAGCACUGGGAGAAUCUCAGUGCACUCAGAUACUACCCUGAUUAUGGGAAACCACGAAAGUAGCUGAGUCAUAUCUCUGCAAGUGAGAUUUUAAAAUGUACUUUAAUUACUUUCCUUUGUAGCAAUAAAACGAGUGCAACAACCUUUCCAGGUCAUCAAGAUAACACUUCAGCAUGCCAUAGUCUUUGAGACACUGAUUAACAGAACUACUCUAACAUCUUUUGGUCUCUGCCCAGACUCUUAACAAGAGCUUUGAAUCCUUUCAUUGUCCUGGCUUUUUCAACUUGAUUAUUUUAGGACUCCAUGCCUCAGCAUAACAACCAGAAACUAUUUUUAGGCACAGUCUUAAAUAACUUCGUUAGUAUGUGAAAUUGUCAUGGGGGUGGUCUAUCAGUAAAGCAGUCCUGUCCCCUGUCGAAUUUGAAAAAAAAAACGGCUUUGAGAUAGCAGGUCUGAAAUACCUCUUCAGGUAAGUUAGACAGGCAUACACACUUCUCUCAUUUCCACACUAGCUCCAAUCUGCAGGUGUGCAGACUCUGGAAGAGCAUCAAACAUGGCCAUACCCACAGCUUUUCAUGUUUUUAAAGGCAGG